AUGAGCAAUGCAGAGCUGCGCACCCAAGAUGUGGUCAAGGUGCUGACUAACGAGCACAUCAAGCGACAAGGCGAGAAGAUGACAACGGCAACGACAACGGUGAAGACUGAAGAUGCGACAAAGGCAUUCAGUACCGAGCGCAAGCCCUACCAAUGUACAUACUGCGGCAAGGUGGGUCACACGGCAGAGCGUUGCUGGACGAAGCAAAAGGAUGAAAGUCGAGGAGCCCAACGCGGCGGCAAUGGUCGUGGACGCGGGGCAAACAAUGUCCAGUGGCGACAUUAUGAUGAAGGCAACAGCUACGAUCGAGUGGCGUUUGCAGUUUCGUUCGAAUGCGGAGUUUCGACGAACAAGAAUGGACCAGGAAUGUGGGCCGUUGACAGCGGGGCAACACAUCACAUCUGCCACGACAAGUUCAAGUUUGCAAGUUUGGUCGAAGGCAAUGAUGGCGAGAUCCUGGUGGCUGAUGGCAACAAGGCGGCCAUCAAAGGUGUGGGGACCAUCGUGGAAAAGGUGAUUCUGCCAAACGGGGAAGAGCGCGAGAUCGAGAUCAAGAACGCGCUCUAUGUGCCCAGCAUGAGCAAAAAUCUGCUCUCGGUGCCGCAGAUUAACAAGCACGGCAGCUUCCAAAUGGUGUUUGACGGGGAUACGAUGUACGUCGCUCGCAAGGAUUCCAAUCAAGUGGUGGCAGCUGCGGAUCUUGUAGACGGACUCUACUGGCUUCGCACGACGCAGCGAUCGGCCAAUGCGACAUCACUCAGCAACGCUGUUGAUCUACAUGCCCGAAUGGGCCAUGCUCCAGUCGACGUGCUUCGCAGGAUGGUGACAAGCCACAUGAUCAAGGACGCUCACAUCCCUUCCAAGCCGAAUGGAUCAAGUGUGUGUCGAGGAUGCCAAGAAGGGAAGAUGGUCCGAAAACCAUUCCCGAGCAACCGUGACAAGCGCACCUACAACACCUUCGAGAUACUCCACUUCGACAUCUGCGGACCCAUGGAAGAAAAAUCUCUGGGUGGCAGCAAGUAUCUGCUGCUGAUCGUGGAUGAAGCCAGCGGAUGCAUGAAGGGUUUUUGUCUGCAUUCCAAGUCAGAGAGCGAAGAGUGCAUCAAGAAGUACAUCACGAUGAUACAGACACAGUUCAACAAGAAGGUCAAAUUUGUGCGACACGAUGGAGCCCGCGAGUUUGCGACGAACUCGCUCCAAGAUUUCUACGAAGUCGAAGGCAUCGAGCAACAAACCACGGUGCCAUACGCACAUCAAGCCAAUGGAACUGCUGAACGCGCGAUUCGAACUAUCGUCACCAUCGGUCGUAGCAUGCUCCAUCAUGCCAAGUUGGACAAGUGCUUCUGGGCUGAAGCGGCAAUGACUUGGCCGUCUAUGUGA